CACUUCACUAGUCUUCAGUAGAUGACGGUAGUGUGAUGAUCGGCUAAGGAAUUACACAGGUGUUUUGAAUGAAGUAAACAUUUAAUCGGCUUACUAAAAUAUUUCGAUCAGAACUUUCUGCUUACGGUGCAUUGACAUAUUCGGGAUUUGGCGGUAACAGGUGUUGCUGUCAAUUAUAGUAGGGACCGUUGAUAUUAAUCUAUGAAAAGGCAAUCUCGUAUGUUUCUAGUUAUUCCCUCUAUUUAUUCUGUGCCAGAAUGAUCCCACAGGCUAUCAAAUUCACGGACCUGCUUGCUUUGUGUUAAUAGUUUGUAGUCCGGAGCAGAUACUUGAGCAACAUAAAAGGAUAGUCUGGUCGAAACAGCUGGCGUCGAAAUCCAAUCAGAAUUCAGAAGACUAGUCACAUGAUGAUCGUAUCUAUUCAGUGAAGGAAUGCCUUGUCAUCAGUAGUACGAAGGAAAUAUUUUGUUAUGCAAAGAGCGUUUGUGAUGACUCAGGGAAACAUACUUUGAAGUAGUGUGGUUAUGGAUGCUGUGCUUUCACCACAGACAGCUCGUGAAGUUAUAUCAGCUCGUCUUUGUUCCAUCUGAACUAUUCUUCAGUCUUUUUUUUCUGCUGCUCUCAUAUACUUCGCCAGGGCAUGUUGCUAUGAUAGCAACUGUAGUUAGAGGGCGGGAACAGUGUGAAGUGUAAAUGAAGAGAGGAAAUGGUGUGCGUGCAGUAAACGUCCGUCACACAAGCAGCGAACUGUCCCGUCGCUAGGAAACUUUUAGGUGACCCAUUCCUGACGGGGUACUGACUAGGUAUCUGCAAUUAUUUGUUCCUGUGCGUGAUUUACCCCGUCGCUGUCUGGAGGAAACAGAAGUUAAGAUGGAACGUGAGUCAAACCCGAUGCAGGCAAUGUGCCGUUCGGGCUGUGGGUUUUAUGGCUCACCAGCAACAGAUGGACUGUGUUCAUUGUGUUACAAGGAGGCACUGAAGAAGAAACAGCAGCCGCCCAACACAACACCUAGCAGCACAGGCAGCGGCGGUGGUUCAGCUACAAACUUCGUAUCCACCACUGGUCCCAGUUCUGUACCAGUGGCACCAAGCAGUAUUGAUACUGCUCUGCCCACCAUACCAGUCAUUGUGCCACCCACAUCAACCACCGACCUUAUGAAAGAUAGUGUGGAUGGAGAGGGUGCCGUUGGAGGCGGGGGAGGCGGAGGAGGAGGUAGCAGUGCCGAAAGUUCUGUGAGCAGCGGAGACGUCGACGAUAGUUUUGACGGGAAGGACUCCGAUAAAGAAGGGAAGAAAAAGAAGAAUCGCUGUGCAGUGUGCCGGAAGAAGGUUGGCUUAACUGGAUUCGAGUGUCGAUGCGGAGGCUUGUUCUGCGCGGUCCACCGAUACAGUGACAAGCACAAUUGCACCUUUGACUACCGAGAGAUGGGAGCCCAAGAGAUUCGUCGCAACAAUCCAGUUGUAGUGGGCGAGAAGAUUCAGAAAAUUUGAACCUGUUGUGCCUAGUAAUAGAAGUGAUUAGGGAUCAAAUAGCUAUUGAGGUCACUCAACAAGUUAUGUUUGUUCUGAAUUGCACUGGCAGCUGACUGCAGGAAUGAAUAUAACAAUGUAAGAAGAAGUUGUGCCAUUUUGUGAUCAAAAAUCAAGAAAUACCACUUCCUACAAGACUUAUGGCGAGUACCGUCGAUACGUGGUUGUCGUUGCCAAUAUUUUUUGAUGGACAAAACCAAUGGCACACUGAGGAACUACAGUUAAUGGAACAUAGUUGAGUUUGAGACUUUUAAAUAUAUGUAAGAAGAAAGUGGCUUUUUUUAUUUGCUUUGUUAUAAUCUAGUUUAGGUCAUGAAAAUAAGUACCACACGUUUAUGAAUGAAAUUAAAGUUUUUCUUGCAGAAAAGCUGUAAGGAAGAGAGACUGUGAACAGAUUGUGUUAAGCCAAUGGACACUACCCUGUAGUUUUGGCUGUGCGUUGCACCCCAUAGCCCAUUACCCACAGGAAGGAAGUGACUUAUUUGUGGCAUUACAUAGUCAGAACUGCGACUCAGUCCUCCGAUUUUAGGAAGCUGUCUUUGCGUAGUUGCGUGUUGUUGGUUUGACCAUGCUCUUCUUUUUGAGCUUCGAUAUUGGAGCAUGUGCAAUGUGCAUAGGUUUGGGCAUUGGGUACCUAGAAACAUGCUUAAAUGAUGUUUUAUUUAACUUUUUUUAGUAGACAAAUGCCUUUACAAAGACUUACAUUGAUUUUAAGAACUUAAUAGUAAAUAUUGAGGAAUAAAAAGGUAUAAAGUUGUUUUCAGUGUUUACCAUAUGCUAAUUAUGUUGCAUCACUCAUAUUGGUCUGUAAAAUGUAGUCCCAGUUCUUACAGCUUACCCGACCCAUUAUAUAUAUAUAUAUGUGUGUGUCAUUUAGCUAAAGUUGGUUUUUCCCUGUUUCAUAUCAAUUUCUAGAGACUUCUUUGUGAAGGAAUGGUAAAAAGAUUGCUCAUCAUUAAAAUUGGUGUCUUGGCUACUAGAGAAUAGAGAAGUGUGUUUUGCAGGUUUAUUAUCUUAAAUUAAGUACACAAAGAUUCUGUAUCCCUUCCCCAUUCUUGCAGUAUUCUUGUAUAACGGCUUAAAGAGUUUUCCAACAUGAGCCAAAACCUGCAAAGAGAUUUGUCACACAUGAAGUAUGAAUUGUAGUGUGGAAGAAGUUGAAAGCUGUAAGUGGCCAUGAAACUAAAUUUUUUGUACAUCUUCAGAUUUUUCUUAGCCCCCACCCCCAACAUGAGAAGCAGUUUAGUAAAUGGUUUGUGUGACUGGUCUCCUUCAACAUGUGAAUUACCAACAAAUACAGGGACUUCUUCAAUUUGAAUCCAUAUUACCUGCUUUGGCUUCUGUGGUCCAUAUUUAUUUUACCGCCUUGUAUUCUGGUCAUCCUUAUUAAUUACAUUGGUCUAAAUAAAUAAAACUUAUGAUGUUUGUUGGAUUAUACCUAUCAAAUUUCUUGUUGCAUCUUCCUUGAAUGUAGUUCACAGAUCAAAUUGAGGAAAUUUGGCUUCAUUGUUUAUCAGGAAAAUCUUUCCUUUUCAAGAUGCUAUAAAAUACAGACUUUUCUUUGAACAUCAGGAGAAGCUUUUAUAGUGUGUUCCAUUUAGCAGGUUGUAUAAUGCCUGCUGAUUGUGUGUGUCGAGAAGAUAUUCCAUUCUCUUUCCACUUUUGGUCCUUCUGACAAACUUUUCAAAACAUGAAUUUAAGAAACAAUCUUCCUGUUAUUAGUUAAGGGAUGUUGAUGUGUGGAUAAUUCUUGUUUGUUUUAAGUUUUGUUUGAAUCUUGUUUGGUGAAGUGUACAUGUAACAAUUGUAGCCUUCAGUUUGGAUUUUGUCUGGGAAUUUUUAGGAGUACCUGUUUAUGAAUAAAUUGGGUGUGUUUACCAGAGUGCAUGUGUGUCAGAUAGUGAUGUGACAGUGUUGUGUGGUUUGUAAAAAGGUACUAGUGGUGUGCGGCAUGACUGUUAUUUUGUUCAAAAUGCCGUGUGCGGGGUUGAUCCAGUUGAUUUGCCUAGAAGAUGCUUGGAACACUGUUGCCAGUCAGAGUAGAAACAGUUAGUGUUUUUGGAGUACCUUAAGUCACUGGCAGACCUCAUAUUUUGUUGUAGUCAUUUAAUUAAAUGCAUGCCAAGUUUACAGGAAGAAUCUGGCUUGUAUUUUACUUGCUGUUCUGUUCUUUCAGGAAGGAUGUAAUUAUGCAUAAAUGUAAAUCACUUAUUUUUAUUGUUCUGAAUAGUAAUGAUGUUAUUUCGCAGGAUGAAACAGAAAAGAGUAACAAAGUAGGCGUGUUAGUAUGAGAGAGUUGAUUUUAAACUUAGUUUGAAAAAUAACAAGGCCUCACUGUACCUUUGUGGCCAACAUAUUUGGGUUUAUUCUUCUUAACAAUCUCUUUAAUAAAAGUGAAAAGUAUGUAAUCUGAUCCGUGUUUUGUUUUACAAAUCCAUUUACACUGUUACAUGUAACCUAUACAAUGAAUAUGGUUCUGCAUUUGGAAGGGGGUUAUCUCAGUAAAUGUACAGGUGUUACAAGCAAAAUCCGUCCAUACUAUAUUCAUCAACAGAAUUCCUGCCACAUUUUCUUCAAGACAGAACAAUAAGCCAGCAGUUUGUUUGCCAGUGGACAGCCAAUGUAAACCAUUUGCAGCUUUUAUUAGUGUAGCAACAACCCAUUACUUGUGAUAAUUGAACCUGAUUGCAUUCUCUACAGUAAACAGCAGGACAGUAUUUUCCCUCAUUGAAAAUUGUUUCUGGAGAUAAGUUGAAGUUCUGAAAAUUUUGAAAAAAUUAUCAGAAGUUGAAAAGGAUGCUACAUGGUGUAAAGACUUGUGUAUCUUUUAUUUCUUAUAUUGAAACUUUUACUACCUUUAUCAUGCCAGUUUGUUGGUUCAUAGUUGUUCAUUAUUCCAUUCAACAUCAAAUUCAGGCCAAAGUUUUUUGCUAGGGAUAACCCCAUACAGUUAUUCAAAAAGAAUGAUGUCCUAUAAAUAGGUUGUAAUUAUUUUGUAAAUAUGUUCAAAGUUGUAUUGCAGAUUUGUUAAUAUAAACUCUGAUCAGAAUACUUGCUUAAGUCUUUUACUGCUACAGAUGAAAGAGAAAAUAGAUGUUUUAUUUCCGUCUGAGAUUUGAGGUUCUCUCUUCAGUGAAGAUGAUGUUCUUAUGGGUUAUGAUGCUGUAUGGAUUCAUGGAUAGAUAUGAACAUUUUGGAGAAGCAUUAGUAUCUACCCCAUUAGUCCAUGUGGCAUCACAUCCCAGAAGAAAAACUCACUUUUAUUUCCUUGUUUCCUAAAUAAACAGCCUACCUUUUUGAUACUUGACACCACAUUUGUCAAAUUAUAAUUUUGUUUUCAUCUCUAAGUUGGUUCUCACCUUUAACAGCAAAUACAGUAGACCCUCAUUAUACCAUGGGAUCAGAUGCACCAUGGAUGUAAUCAUGUUCCCAAGACAGUAAAUUAGAUAAAUGUUUUUGCAUUUAACUCGGGUGUUGAAUCUGUCCUUGGAUACUCUUUGUAUAAUGAAGGUCUGCUGUACAAUUGUCAUUCCAUCACAUUUCCAGAUGAUUUCAUGAACAGGGAUAUGAGUACAGUAUGUAGAGACAUUUUCAUCAGAAUAUUAUUCCAAGGUUAAAUUCAUGUUAAGGAAUGACCUCUGCACGUAAGGCAGGCGAACAUUUUUCCGCGCUAUGAAUUUUGCAUGUGAUCAUUACUAUAUCAGGUGUGUGUGAAUGGGUUACAAGAUACUUUUCUGGCGUUUGUGUCAUUACAUUUUUUAAAGAGGAUGAAAAUCCAGGUGCAACUGGAAUGACAAUUUAUUGUUUAUUCUUUAUAUUAUCGCAUCAUCAGAAAUGGCCCAGUUUUUAGUCACCAACAUUAUAAGCUGAGAAAACAAGAAUUUCACAUUCAAACGGAAUUAUCACUAGUUUUUUCAUUUGUUCAAUUCUCUUGAUACUAUAUUAUGCCAUAAAUCCUGACUGGCAGUAUGAAGUAAUAAUUCCAUGUAUGAGUUAACAUAAAUAUACUACUACUGAUCCAUUUCAGUGCUUCAUCUGUAAGAAUAAUUUAAUUUAAAAAAGGAUAUUGGGUGUAUAGUGCAGUUCUGUCAGAUAAAUAUAGAUUUACAAGCACAAAUAGAAUUUAUAAACUAAGUUUUUACACCAAGGUAAAACAAGAUUAUAGUGUGGAUUUACAUUUAUUAUGGACAACAUGGGAGGUAACAUGGUAGGAACAUUGAGCAGUAUUGGAAUGUAUAAUGUGUAUGUUAAAAUGGGGGUAACCAAAAUUGUAAUAUUUCAUAUUAUACACAAUACUUGAAUGAAGGAGCGGGUCUUGUACAUUGAUGCAUAACAUGACCUACUUCAGUCUGCCUUGCCUAAAAGUCAGUUUCUUCUUUUUCCUGAUUUCACAGUUGCUUGGGUGUAUGUAUUUUCAAUAUAUAUGGGAGGGAAUUCUUUCUUUCCUGUUCAGAUGGUUUCUGUUUACCCAACAGUUUGAAAUUACAGCUGGUCCCCAUUUUAGUCUGUGAAAUUAAAGAGAAAGACUCCCCUCUCCUAGUUAGGUAAAUUUUGUGGAAACCGUUAGUUGUGCAAGUUAUUCAGUGUACCUUUUUAUUUACGUAUUCUGUUUCACAUUACAUGUCUCAUCUGACAGAGCAGUGUUUAAGAUACAUAUUGUUCUGAAAACAUUGUAUGUGAGGUACUAAUAAAAUCCUUCAAUACAG